UAGGAGCAGGUAUACACUUGAUCAUGAUCUCAUGAUGACUGUUCUCGGAAUAGAUUGCAACUGUUGUGGCAUAGAAACUUUUUAUUGAACAAUACAAUAAAACUGAAUGACUUAUUCAAUGGGUACUUACAGCCUUACUGCCUUAAACACUCAGUCCCAAACAAACAGCUGUUUGAAGAGCUUGCAGAGCUGCAAGUGCUCAAUUGAGACUUGUAACUCUAUUACAUGUUUUUCUGGGAAACAUGGGAUUUUUGAUGACUCAGUUAAAGUUGAAUGCAUUAUGUGACAAUUAAUGUCAUGCUCUUUCUGUUAAGGCUGUUUUUUUCUCUUAGGUGUCUAUAUAAAGUUGCAAACUCUGAUGAAAACUGUGAUCAUGCUGUCUAAACACAGUAGCAGGAGCUCACUAAGAGCUAGCUUGAAUAGCCUGAAAUUCUUAUUCGAAUCUCCUUUGGAAAAGUCGGUGCGAUCAACUGGGGGAGACAGCUCAAGCACUCAGUUUUUACUCUCUCCAGAACGCAGGAGAGUAGAUACCCUCUCCGCAGAUGCAAGAACUGAUGAUGGAACUGAAACAAAGGAAGACAUUUUAGAAUUUGAAAGUGAAGAUAGUGUCUCUGUGAAUGAAAGCAAGGAUGCAAUAUCCAUUGAUGAGACCAAAGAUUCUGUGUCGAAGGGUUCAAGUUUCCCUGACACCUUUGAAGGCAAGCCAGCCAAAGACUGCAUUUCAGAAGCAGAUACUGUGUCAGUGGCAGGGACAUGUGAGAGCAAACAUGAAGAUGGCAUUAUCUCACCACUUGAGACCAAGGAUUUCUGUCUUUGUGGGUGUUCUGGACCUUUAGGAAUGGAAGGUGGAAUCAUCUCUAACCAGCAAAUAACAGGCUCCUCCACUCACCGUGCCCUAUUUGGCCUGCAGAAAUGGUAUCCUUACUUUGCUCGGCUCAACAAAAAAGGUCUUGUUAAUGCCUGGACUGCUGCAGAGAAUGAUCGCUGGCCAUGGCUUCAGAUAAAUCUACAGAGACGGAUGAGAGUGACUGGACUGAUAACACAGGGUGCAAAACAUAUUGGGAGUCCUGAAUAUGUGAAGUCAUACAAAGUGGCCUACAGUGACGACGGAAAAACCUGGAGCAUGCAUAAAGUCAAGGAUACUGAUGAAGACAUGAUUUUCACUGGCAACAGUGAUAACAACACACCUUAUGCAAAUUCCUUCAGCCCACCAAUUGAAGCACAGUAUAUUUGCAUUUAUCCACAAGUCUGCAGAAAGCACUGCACUCUGCGUAUGGAACUACUCGGCUGUGAGCUCACAGGAUGCUCUGAGCCAAUGGGAAUGAAGACAGGACACAUCCAGGAUUAUCAAAUCAGCUCUUCCAGUGUUUUCCAGACCCUUAACAUGGGCAUGUUCUUGUGGAAGCCAAGCAAGGCCAGGCUAGAUAAGCAGGGCAAGGUCAAUGCAUGGACAUCUGCCCAUAAUGACCAGUCACAGUGGCUACAGGUGGAUCUCCUGCUUCCCACCAAAGUCACUGGAAUCAUCACCCAAGGAGCGAAAGAUUUUGGCCAUGUGCAAUUUGUGGGUUCAUAUAAGCUGGCAUACAGUAAUGAUGGUGAAAAGUGGCAUAUAUACCAGGAUGAAAAACAAAAAAAGGAUAAGAUCUUCCAAGGUAAUUUUGACAAUGAAACACACAGAAAGAAUGUUAUAGAUCCUCCAAUCUACGCUCGGUUUGUUCGAAUCGUUCCAUGGUCCUGGUAUGGACGCAUCACCAUGAGAGCAGAAUUGCUGGGGUGCCGAGAGGAGGAAUAAAACAGAUAAAAUCAUUCCCUCCAUUAAUGACUGUAAAAAACAAAACAGAAUAAAACAUUAUUUUUAGAAUUAAAUCAUUUUUCAUCAGUAUAUCAAUUACAUGUGUAACAACUGCAGAAAAGCAUAACCUUCUCCAUUUAAAUUCAAACAAUUCCAUGUAUAAUAGGAAAUCUUAGCUCAAUCAUGCAAAAUCACAACCAGUGUGGAAGAGCAAAGGCCAAUAUAUUUAUCUUAUUUUGUGAAAGAAGCCUGACACUUUGAAAGAUUAUUUUCUGUACAUUGUUAAGCACCACCAUGCUGUUGCUACUUGCACCCGUUUGAGAAUAAAGAAAAGAAAAAAACACUUCUGGUGCUUAGAUAUGUUUCUGCCCUGAAUAAUGUUUUUUUUUUCUGCAAAACACCUUCCUUACUGUUUUCCCUACUGAAAUAAUUUUGAAGAUCACUGUAGAUGAAAAAGACAUAAAUAAAAACAGAAGCAAUUUUAAGGAGGUAAUUUUGUAAAACUCAUUGGUACUUGUUUAUAGUUUCAGCAACACUGCUUUCAGGGCAUUCAGCCAGAUAUAUGUAAGUAGCUCAGGUCUAUGAUUAGCUGAUAAAUUAGAGCAUAGCAUAAACUGUUAUUUUAAUUUUAAUGCAUAGAAAGACUGUUAUAUCAUUUUUAUUGAUAAGACUUGAUAUUUGUGUAAAUAGUCAUGAAUCACAUUUAUUAAAGUUCUACUUCAUGUGAUAAUUCAACUACUGAAUUCUGUGGUCCACUUACCAUAAAGGUGCACUUUGUAGUUGUACAGUUUUAAAUUGUAAUCCACAUCUCUACAUAAUUUGUAUAAUCCACAUCUCUACAUAAUUUGUAUAAUCCACAUCUCUACAUAAUUUGUUAGUCUUUGAAUCUAUUUGUUUAUCUGCAUCUCUCCAUAACUCAAUAAUUUGUUAUCUCCCUUCACCUUCUUUUUCAAUAAUCAGGCCCCCUACAGAGCAGCGGUGAGCAGAUAUUAUUUGGAUCAUUCCCAGCACUGUAGUCACACUGAUGUGGUAGUGUGCUGCACAGAGUACUAAUGGCCUGAGAAUAGUCUGGCAAAAACAAAAAUAUCCAGCCACCAGUGUCCUGUGGUCAGAAACAUACCACUGAUUAAGGAUUAGAGGAUGACUAACACAAACUCCAGUAAGUGUAUACAGUGUUUAAAACUACUGUGUCUGAUCCAUAUGUAGCUGUGCAUCACAUCUUAGCCAACCAUUACUAUGUCAGUGUCACACAGUGCUGAGACUGAUCCACCACUUACAUAAUAUUUCCCCAAAGUAGUCCUGCAGAGGUCCUGAGCACUGAUGAAGGGAAAAAAAGAGUAACAAAUUAUACACAUAAAUAGAUGGACUAAACUUUAUAAUUGUCGAAGUGCAAAGUACAUCUCGUUGUAAGGGGCCUUGAUAAAUAAAACUUGACAGUGAGUAUAGAUACAAGGUAGAUCUAACUAGUGACCAGUGUAUGUAUAUUUAAUUUCUAUUUUAAUUAUUACAUUGCUUUAUAGAUGUAAUACAACCUUUUAUUGUCAUUGUCAUCUUGUUUAUAGUAAAGAACAAUACUUUUUCAGUUUUACUAGUGUAUUUCAAUUAUGUAUAAAGAAAAGCAAGUUUUCCAUCAUGUAACCCACACUCUAAACCAAGGAUGGCUCAUGCAUCAGUUACACGUGAUAUGAUUUUAGUGAGGAUUGUAUUGUAUAGUUUAACUGUAAUUGAUUGCAUGGGUAAAUACAAAUAAUGUGAAAUUAUUUUUGCUGAGUUAAAGACUACCUACCACCACCUUAACAGCACAUAACUGAACCUAGAUGAAAAAUGUAAUAAAUUUUUUUCAGUUGAACACUGACACAAUACACUGAACAGUGUUGUUGAUCCAGUUCUGAUAUGAUAAUCCAGUUGGAUAUGCUAACUAGCCAGUUAGUUGACAAACUAUAUUUAGCUAAUUUUGCUUGUAUUUUUAGGAUCAUUAGUCUGUCAUUUAAAAACAGCAUUUGUUAGUAGUUCAGCUCAAUUCAGUCCAGCAAGCACUGUUACUUUGACAAAAAACAUAGAAAACAUGAUUAGAUGAGAUCAUGUUAACUGGACCCCUGUUGCUAGCUUUCAUUCAAUAUUAGCACUGCAGUGAUCGAAGAACAUUACAAGAUGAUCAGACCAUUAUUUAAACCACAUUUUAUGGUUACUGUCUUUGUAGUUUUACCUACUUCUACAAGGUUACAGCUGUGCUGUCAAGCAGACCUCAGUGUUUCAUUUAAGAGGUCAUUUAAGUGCAUGAUUCUGUUGCAGAAAACAUUCUUCACAGCCCAAAAAGACGACUGAGAAUAAGAACUUUGUACUCUGACGACAUUUGCUUCUUUUGGCCUAGUCCUCCCAAAUGAUUUGCUUCAUGUAAUGGGAGUGCUGGGCAAUGAAUAACAACUUUGUAUCAUUCAUCUGACUAUAGUGUUUGAACACAGCUGAUUGUAUGUAGAUAAUGAGGCUAUUUACAGUUUUUGCAGAGUUCAUAAUGAAACCCAUCAAAUAAACAGUCUGUUGGUUCUCCCUUUGA